UAGCUGCGACUGCGAGUGACUGAGCUCUUUCUUUCUUAUUUGGUUUUUUCCAUCCCAAAUCCACCAGCUUAUCUUUUUCGUUUUUACUAACGCUAAAAUUGAAAAAUCAAAGAUUAUAUGCAGUGAGUAUUAAUAUUUUAAAGAGUACAAAUCAAGAUCUUUCUCUCGCGUUAGAGAUUUGGAGGUAACCUUGUCUCUUAAGCUUCAGCAGUUGGUCAAAUUUUAGCUAAUGAGAACCCAGUAGUAGUAACUCCUCCCGCUCCGGUCGCUGUGCACCGCUUUUUCCUUCAACACUCUAUUCUUGUCGAUAUUGGCUGUUACUCUAACCAAGCAACUGGACCUUCUUCUUCUUCUCUAUCUCGUUACUUCUUAUUUGCAUUUCUCUGAAAUUUUCUCCUUCGGCUCAGGGGUUAUUUCUUACCUCAGUUUCAACUAUUUGUUCUUCCAAAUUCUACUUCUGAACAUAGGUUGUUGGAAUGGAGUCUGGCAUAGAUGCUGAUGCACCUUUAGAUUAUGCAACCAUUGACAUUUUUCCAGCUCAGAACAGAUAUGAGGUAUUCAUUUGUAGUGAUGAUGAGGUGGAGAAAUUAGCCAUUGGGUUGCUGGAACAACUCUCGCCACAUUUACCAGGAGUGAACAAUUUGCACAGCAUAGGUUCUAAUGCUAAGUUCAAACUUCAAGUAGUAGGACUCGACGAGAAAACAUGGUUCACAAAGUCAACUUUAAACAGAUUUCUCCAACUUGUUGCUUCCCCGGAAUUAUUGAUUUCAUGUAAGCUCAUUGAAGGUGAAAUGACUCAAUUGGAGGAGGCCAGAAAAUUUCAUCUUUGUUUAUAUGCUCAGGGGCGCAAGGAUCAUUUAGUAAGUGCGGAAAAAGAUGGCUCCACCUCAAUUGAGACAGCACCAAUAUUCAAACCUGAAGAAAAAAUUGCAUCAUCAGAUACUUCAAAGGAUGAAUUAUUGCGAGCUAUGGACUUGAGGCUCACAGCAUUGAGAAAGGAGUUAGCUGCCAGUCUAAACCAGACUGCAACCUUCUCCUCUAAAGAUGUUAUCAAUUUAAUUUACUUUUGUGAUCAUUUUGGUGCAACAGACUUAAAGAAUUCUUUAUCCAAAUUCUUGGAACUGAGCUGUAAAAGUGACACAUCUGUACUUACAAAUGAUGACAAGAAUUCAUCUACAGGCAUGUCAAGAAGUGACAAUGCAGAUAAGAUUAAUGGCGAAAUUCAAAUAUCAAGAUCCAUACCUGCACAAACACCAGUAAAGUAUGGUGUUUCACCUGCAGUAGUUGCCCAAGUUGAACGACAGAGCUCAACUGAAAGUGAGGAGUCUAACUCGGGUGAUGAGAAUCAGGUAUCUGUAGAAAGAGGUCGAGUACUUACAAGAUCUGCACAACCAAGAAGGUCAGCAUCCCCAAUGCGAAGGAUUCAAAUAGGAAGAACUGGAUCACGCAGGGCUCCUGCAUUAGCCAUUAAAAGCCUGGGUUAUUAUCCUCCUAGAGAGAGGAAUCCAUGUUAUAGAGAUGUAGCGGGAAACAAUGGUGAAGAGGAAGGAUCUGAACAAAUCAGUAAGAAACCUGAGAGUAAUGUGCUCAGGAUGUCUGUUCAAGACGCAAUCAAUCUUUUUGAAAGCAAACAGAAAGAUCAAAGUGCAGAUGCUCAAAAAAGGAGCUCAUUAUCAAAUCACUCUCUCUCUACAAAUAAAUCUGUGUUAAGAAGAUGGAGUGCUGGUAGAGUGGAAUGUUCUGUUCCCUGUCAAGAACUCGUUUAUGAAGACUCCAUCCUGUUGUCACGUGGUGAUGUUGUGGAUGGAGAGAAUUCAAAUCUUCCAGUAGAAGAAAAAUUGGAGUCUGAUUUUACGUCUGGAUUUCAAAACCCCCCUGACACUACUAAGGUCAAUGUAGAAUCAGGGAAAUUGGAAAAAAGAGCACAUGAUUCAGUGGACAUUCAAAUGGACAGUAAUGCAACGCAAGGUCAGGAAAGUAAUGGGUUGUCGACAUCAUCAGUAGACUGGAAUCAACAGAAAGAGGCAGAAUUGAACCAGAUGCUGAAGAAAAUGAUGGAAAGUCAGCCUGUGAGAACCAGGAAGCCUCAGAGUAGCAGAAACCAGAAUAUCCCUUCUGAGCAUAGAGGUGGAUUUUAUGAUCACUAUAAGGAGAAGAGGGAUGAGAAACUUCGAGGAGAGAAUGCUGGAAAGAAAGCAGAAAAAGAAGCACGAUUUAGAGCAAUGCAGAAAAUUCUUGAUGAUCGUAAGGCUGAAAUGACCUCCAGAAGUGUGAAGGAUGUAAGUAAAAAACAUCCUUCACCUAAACCUCAAAAGUCACUCAAGAAUCCAUCUCAGCCUGCAAAUCUUAGGAAUGAGAAACCAAAAGCUUCUGUUACAGGGAAGGUUUCAUCUAAAGCAUCUAACUUGCCUGCUACUCGUAAAUCAUGGCCAUCAGCACCUUCAGCUAGAGUUGCAGGAUCAUCGCCAUCUAAAACUCCAGGCAUCUCAUCUGCUGGUACCACGCCGACACGUCGGAAACCUCACUCAGCACCAUCCAUUCAUCGAUCAAGCGCCAAAGUAGAAAGAUCCCAGCCACGUCAUAGAAAUGUGAAGGAAAGUCAGGCUAACACUGACAGGAGCCUGAAGGGUGCAACAGAAAGGGUGCAGCAAACAGCGACAAAAUGUGGAAAAACAACAAAAACUAAAGUCGCAGCAGCUGCUGGAGAUUGUCCUAUCCAAUCAAAGCCUAGUUUCUACAACAAGAUGACCAAGAAAAGCAGCAUUGUGCCUCUGGAAUCAAAACCCUUCCUCCGUAAAGGAUCUAGAGUUGCUCCUGGUGUUGGUCCCAUUGCAAGCAAGACAAAAAAUUCUUCUGUAUUGGAGGAAUCUCCCAUAAACUGUGGGAAUAUGACAGAAACUCCAAACAUUGAUGUGGUUCUUGAUGCUUCAAAUCUUGUAAGUCAGCACCAAGAUCAGGAUAUUGUUGCACCGGACCAUGCUAAUACUGCUAUGGAUACAGAAACAACAGUCCAUAGUCAUCAGAAUCAUGAUGUACCUGAGAAUAUCAAUGAGCUCACUACUGAUGUUGAUGACAGCUUCAAAGAUACAAUAGAGUCUUCAGCGAAGAUUCAGAUCCAAGAAGAAUCAGUUAUUUCCCCCAUUGCAUGGGAGGAAAUAGAGGAACACCAGAACGUCCAUAGCUCAUAUGCUGAUGGUACCUCUCAACUUGCUUCUCCAGUUCAUGUUUCACCUCUUGGAUUGUCAAGUCCACGCGUUCGUCAUUCUUUGUCACAGAUGCUCCAAGAAGACAGUAGUGAACCUGAUACAGUUGAGUGGGGAAAUGCUGAGCAUCCUCCUGCCAUUGUCUAUCAAAAAGAUGCCCCCAAAGGGUUAAAGAGGCUCUUGAAAUUUGCCCGGAAAAGUAAAGGGGAUGCAAAUUUAACAGGCUGGUCUAGCCCAUCUGUCUUUUCUGAAGGAGAGGAUGACGGUGAUGAAUGCAAAGCCGUUGGUAAGAGAAGCACUGAUAAUAUGCUAAGGAAGACAUCGCUACAUUCAAAGAAUUAUGGACAACAAAAUGCUUCUUUCUUCACGGGCCAUGAAAAAAGUAUAGAUGCUCAUGAACUUCUCACUGCUCAAUCAAACUUCAUCAAAUUUGAUGCCCAGACUUCUCAAAAGCUGCAGAAGGGCCAUGUUUCAACUGCAGCUUCUACAGCUAAAGCAACAAGGUCAUUCUUUUCUCUUUCAGCAUUUAGGGGCAGCAAACCAAAUGAUACAAAGUUCCAUUGAUGAGAUGAUUCUGAAACAAUAAUCCGUUCUCCUUGAAGCCACAUGCAAUCUAGAUUUGGCUUCAAAAAGAAAAAUUCCUUGCUCUUCCUAUUCUAUCAUCUUAUCGUGCAUGGUCUAGCAUUUUGGGGGCAAGGAGUUGGAGUUUUGUGGGUAUUCCGUUGAUGGUUCUUGCAUGCGUAUCCACAUAUGGUGUCAGGGUCUGCAUCUGGCUGAAACAUGGUUUCUUUCAUAUUAAUCUCAUUGUUGAAGAUGUAAACCAUUGAUGAAAUCCAGAAGUUGGCCAAAAAACAAAUGACCUCAGUCUCAUAGGAUUUUAGUUCUGUGAGCUUGGCUCAGUUUCAGUAUGCAGCUUAUAAUUGUGUAGUAUUUAAAUACUGCAUUUACUAUGCCCCGCUUGUCAAUUUUUGGAACUUGGGAGUACCGCUCACUUUUCAUCUGUUCUUAAUGUAAGAUAGAAAAUAAUUUAAAGUGUGGAUAGAUGCGUAUUAUGCUUUUUGAA